GGCUGGCGGCAGGGCUGAGCGGGCCGCAGCGGCAGCAUGCCCUUGCCCAGGCGCCGGUCGUCCUUCCUGGGGCAGCAAGCCCCUUCCUCCGCCACCGAGAGCGUGGGGGGCCCGGGGCGCCGGGUGAGCGUGGGCAGCCUGUCCAGGCCGCCCGGCGUCUAUGUGGGUGCCGUGCCCACCGGAGGAGUGAGCAGCUUGGGCACCCGCGUGUCCCGCCGAGCGCUGGGCAUCAGCAGCGUCUUCCUACAAGGCCUGCGCAGCUCCUGCUCCGCCGUGCCCCUGGCCACGGGGCUGGAGAAGGGCAGGGGGCUCUCCUACGAGAGCCUGAAUGGCUGCCUGGUGGAGUACAUCGAGAAGGUGCGGGCCCUCGAGCAGGUCAACCAGGAGCUGGAAGAGCACAUCCGAGUCUACCUGGACAAGAAGUCCUCCAGCGUGGGCAGCUGGGGCACGCUGCGGGAGAGCUGGGAGGCCGUGUACCACCAGGUCUUGUAUCUACAGCAAGAGCGUAUGCAAUCCCAUCAGAGAAGAAAAACAGUGCUCUGGGAGCUGAGGACCACUCACUCAAGGCACGAGCAUCAAAUAUUCCUUGGCUCACGGAUGAUGAUGACCCUGAGGAGGACUGCUGAUAUGGUGGGCGAAGCAGUCCUUGAAAACGCCCGUCUCAUGCUGCACACUGAGAACAUUCAGGCCUCUGCUGAAGACUUUAAGGACAGGUAUGAAAAUGAACAGCCAUUCAGAAAGGCAGUGGAAGAUGAAAUUAAUUCCCUUUACAAAGUGAUUGAUGAUGCUAAUUUAACUAAAAUGGAUCUGGAGAGCCAGAUAGAAAGCAUGAAAGAGGAGCUAACUUUGCUGUCAAAGACUCAUGAAGAAGAUGUGAAGGUAUUGUACAAACAGCUUGCUGGAUCUCAGCUGGAAGAACUUGAUGUUCCCCUGGGAAGUGGCCUGGACAACAUACUGGAAAAAAUCCGAAUCCACUGGGAGAGAGACAUUGAAAAGAAUCGUGCUGAGGCAGGUGCCCUGCUCCGUACCAAGCAACAGGCUGAAGCGACAGCUGCAGUGCGAAGCCAAGAAGAAGAACUGGUAGAGGGCCUGAGAACCGAGUUCCAUGAAACUGCCUGCAAAAUUCAGAGCUUGCAAGCUGAAACUGAGUCCUUAAGAACCUUGAAGAGGGGUCUGGAGAAUUCCCUAUACGAUGCCAAGCACUGGCAUGAGAUCGAACUGCAGAACCUGGGCUCUGUCAUUUCCAAGCUGGAGGCAGAGAUGGCAGAAAUCAAAGCAGAAACUGAGCAGCAGCAGCGGGAUCGUGAGAAUCUGCUGACCAACAAGCAGCAGCUAGAGAAAGACAUUGCUGCAUAUCACUGCCUUCUGGAUGGAGAACAAAGCAGUUGAUCAUGAAAUUCCCAUUCUAUAGAAGAUCAUUGCCACUCAAAGCAAAAGAAGAUGUCACUGCUAAGUAUGUUCUUGGAAGCUAAAUGCCCAUCAAAGCAGCCUGCUUUAUUCAGUUUGAUUCAACAAUCAAAGUAGGUUGUAGCUUGAACAACUUUAUUAGACCCUCUUCAUGUAAUUGCUUUGCUUACAGAUUUCAAUUUACUCAUGUUGUUAAAAUUAUAAU